AUGUUGGUUGAAAUUGAUCAAAGAAACCUUCUUAACUAUGCAUAUCAAGCUCCAUUGAAUAGUAGAGGGCAACGAGGGAGACCUUCAUAUGAAAUCAGCGAGGAACAGCUUCAUUUUUUACUUGAGCAAGGGUUUAAAGUAUGUGACAUAAGUAAAAUCCUUGGAGUGAGUGCCAGGACAGUUGAGAGGAGGAUGUCAACAUUUGGGUUGAGUGUAUCAGGUAUAAAGUAACAUGAAUCUUUUAUUUUUGUCUAAUGAGAUGAUAAACUACUACAAGGACAAUUUUUAUAACAAAGUGAUAAUAUUUAGUACAGGAUUAAGGCUAUAAAAAAGUAAUGUUGAUAGUUGUUGCACCAAGCAGUGGUGAUUAAGAUUUUGCAAAUUAAAAUGUUGACUUCCACUUACUUUUACCUAGGGAUCCACUCCCAUAAAUGAUAGAUUUUUCCUUAUACCAUCAUUAUCUUUAUUGUUGUUGACCUUUCACACUUCAGGGGUAGCUUGACUGAGAAAAAGUUACAAUGUCAAGUGUAGCCUCAGGCCUGAAGAAUGUUAUUAAAUUAUUAUGGCAGUUUUACAUAUCUGGAUGCCCAGUAUUAGUAAAACACACAGAAGUGUUUGAACUAAAAUUUUGUUCACCAUUCUACCUAGCUUGAGAUUUAUGACAAAAUCAUACUAAAAUAAAGUUAUUAUUAUUAUUGUUAUUAUUAUUAUUAUUAUCAUCAUCAUCAUCACCAUCAUCAUUAUUACUAUUCAUUACCCAACACCUACAAUGAAAAUUUUUUACCCCAUUAUAUUCUUUGGUUCAGGUAUGUUCAGUGAUAUAGAAGACAACCAACUGGAUGAGCUCGUUCAAACUGCUUCAAGCCAUUAUCCUGGAAUGGGUAUAAGAAUGCUCAAAGGUUAUUUACAAAGCAAAGGGUUUCGCAUUCAGCGAGAAAGAAUAAGAUUAUCCCUGUUGCGAACAGAUCCCAUUGGUAUUAUGGAGAGAUGGAGAAGUACCACUAGGAGGCGACAUUACAAUGUUAGGUAUCCACUCUCACUAUGGCACAUAGAUGGGAACCAUAAGCUGAUAAGGUACUGAUAAAGAUACCUGUUGUACAGUGUACAUUGUCAUAGUUUCCCCUCGUGAUCUUGUGCGUGGGUCCAAGUUAAACACAAUCAAAAUUCUGCGACUGGAUACCUCCUGUAAACAUACACACCUUGAAUGAACCAAAAAGAAAACACUAAACUGUGGCCACAACACCAGCUAAUGCAAGACUUUUUAAACUGUGUUUUAGCUACAGUUGAAGACAUUGAUCAUGAUUGAUAACUGUUUCCCUGUCCCCAUCUUUUUAACCCUUGCAGGUAACACCAAACAUGAUAAGGUUGCCCUAACAGGAGCUUUUAUUUUUUGUUUGUCACUCUUAUAUGUAAAUUAAGGGGUUUUUUUAACAGAUGGAGAAUUGUUAUACAUGGAGGAAUCGAUGGCUUUUCUCGAAUCCCAGUCUAUUUGAAGGCCUCAAAUGACAACAAGGCAAGCACUGUUCUUUCAUGUUUUCGUGAAGCUGUGUCAGAGUACGGCCUUCCAUCUCGGGUCCGCUCUGACAAAGGAGGGGAGAACGUAGAUGUAGCAACCUAUAUGCUUACUCACAUCCAGCGAGGGCCAGGCAGGGAAGUAUGA